CCAGACGCCACAAACUCAAACUCCAUCUAUAAAUACCCCCUUCACACAACCCUUCUUUCUCAAAUACUCACAUAAAGCACUACUUUCAUCAUCACCAUGUGUCUGGUAUUUGUGUGCGACGAGGAUGAGAGGGUUUUAGCGAGGCAACCAGCGCCAGGGGCGUGUCCGUACUGUGGAGGCAUGGUGCAAGCAACGGACGUUCAGAAGCAAUGGCGUUUCUGUUUUCUUCCUAUUUACUUUAAAACCAAGCGCAGAUAUUUUUGCACCAUGUGUACUAGAACACUCCAGAUCCAAUAGAAUCUCCAACUUUUUUUUUUUUUUUUUGCAUUUUUUAUGAUUUUGAUUUUCCUAUGUUUCUUUUUAUAUUGAUUCCUUGAUAGAGGAGCUACUAUGUUAAUAGACUAAUUAGAAGUCAUUAUGUUAGGUACUAGCACAAGAGCAUGAUUAAUUAACUCCCAGUUUUGAUCACAAGUCUCUGUACAUAUAACAAAGUAUAGUGAGUUGUAAAUUAUUUUCUUGUUUGAAUUAGCCAUAAUUUUAGUUUACCUUUGGACGAUAUUUACACAUUUGUAAUAUUAUUAUUAAUAUUAUUUUUAAUUA